AUGCCCUCCCCAAUCCCGCAACCAAAACCCCUGCCCCUAGUCGGCAACCUCUUUGCCCUCGACUCCAAAAACCCCUGGGGCUCCUUCAACGCGAUCGCCGCCGACAAUGCCAACCGCCCCCUCUUCAAACUCAACAUCCUCGGCCGCACAAUCGUCAUCGUCACAUCGGCGUCCCUCCUCGAGGAAAUCUGCGACGAGACGCGCUUCCGAAAAUGCGUGUCGGGACCCAUCCGCGAGAUCCGCGCCGCGGUGCACGAUUCGCUGUUUACGGCUCUCCCCGAGGAGGCGGAGAUUUGGGGCAUCGCGCAUCGGAUCAUGAAGCCGCUUGUAUCGCCCGAGGCGAUUGCUGCGAUCUUCAACGAUAUCAAUGGAACAACCGACAACCUCAUAGCCAAGUGGACAGGGUCCUCGCGGCAACGCGUCAACGUAACGAAUGACCUCGACCGCUCAAACCACGAAGCCAACAUGCUCGCCUUCUUCCACCAAACCCUGUCCAUAGUCUCGGGAGCCGAGCCCGAGCCGGGUGUCAUCGCCGCGCAGCAAAACUCCACCGUCGAAGCGACGCGCCGCUCCACGCGCCCGAAAGUCCUCUCCUGGCUAAUGGGCCACAACCGGCGCUUCGAGGCGGAUGUGAAAACGAUGCGCGACUACGGCGCGGACAUCGUCGCGAAGCGACGAUCCCUCGAAGAAUCCGACCCCGCGGCUGUCCCGAAGGAUAUGCUGCAUGCGCUCCUCCACGGCGUCGAUGCCGAGACCGGUCGGUCGCUCUCCGAAUCGCAGGUCCUCGAUGAAAUCAUCAACAUCUUCAUCGGGUCCGCGACGGCCCCGAACCUGCUCUCCUUUGGACUGUACUACCUCGCGCACCACCCGGAGGUCAUCACAAAAGCCCGCGAGGAGCUGGAUUCGGUGGUCGGUCGCGACGCGCCAUUCAGCCACGAACACCUUUCUCGAAUCCCCUACACGGAAGCCAUCCUCCGCGAAACACUGCGGCUCUCCGCGACAGCCCCCGGCUUCAACAUCGAGCCGAUCCCACCAACGGAUCCGAAUGAUAAGACGCCGAUCCUGCUUGCCGGCGGCGAGUACGAGAUCGCUCGGACGCAGCCGUUGAUCGCGCUGUUGACGGCAGUGAACCGGGAUCCCGAGGUAUUCGAGGAGCCGUUGGCGUUCAAGCCGGAACGUAUGAUGGGCGAGAAGUACGACGCUUUACCCAGUGGUGUCAAGAAGGGGUUUGGGAAUGGGAAGCGGCAGUGUUUUGGCACGCGGCAUGCGUGGGAGUGGAGCUUGCUCGUGCUUGCGCGGUUGAUUCGCGAGGUGGAUUGGGAGCUUGCGGAUAAGGGGUACAAGGUCGAUAAUGUUGGGGGUGUGAACUACAAUGGGGCGUUUAGUACGCGGCCGCUUGGGUUUUUCUUGUUGGUGAGUCCGAGGGCGAAGUGA